AUGAAGGGGGUGUCCAAGAACAUGGCCGUUGUUGUUCGUGGAAUGGACAGGGCCAUGGAAAGCAUGAAUCUCGAGGAGAUAACAAAAGUGAUGGAUUCCUUUGAGAGCCACUUUGAAGAUCUCGAAACAGCCACCGGCUACUACGAAUCAGCGGCUCGGGACAUGGCUGUAUCUGAGGGACAAGCACAGGGCUCUGCCGUCGAUUUGCUUGUGGAGCAGCUUGCGGACGAGGCAGGUGUUGAACUCCAGCAAAAGAUGGGACCCACUCCGGUGCAGGCACCUCCAAAGGAAGCAGAGAGUGGGAAUGCGGUCCAUGACGAUCUCAACGAACGACUACGUGCUCUACGUAACUAG